AUGCCAAAUCCAACAGUAAAAAUAGAAAAAAUGGAAGUUGAAGAACCAGAAAUUUCAGCAACAACUGAAAAUACAAUGUCUUUGGGUAUUGAAGUUGAGAAGAAAGAAAGUGAAGUUAAUUCUGAAAUUGGUGAUAUUUCAGGCGAAUUGUCUAGUCCAUUCGAUGAUCCAGUCAGUCGAACUCGUUGUCUAAUUCAAUUUAUUCGACUACGUAAUCAACGUGCUGAAGCCGAGCUAGCUCAACAAAACGCAUUGAAAAAGCAGAAAAUGGACGCACAAGCGACGCUUCAAAAUGCACGAAAUGAAUUGGCACAAGCAAAAAGUGAACAACUUCAUUGGGAGCGUAAAUUUAACAAUUUAAAUCAUGAGCGACACGACGUACUAAAUAAAUUAAAAGCACUCCAUCAAAAAGAGAUUGAACGUAAAAGGCAUAAAGAGGAGGCAGAACGUCAACGUCAAAUUUUGGCGGCAGCUGCUGAAGAACAACAAAGAUUGGCAGCCGCCGCGGCAGCAGCAGCUGCGGCUCAACAACAGCAACAACAAACUGAUGCUUAUUUCCAACUUAAACAACUUCAACAAUAUUUAAAUUCAUUGAUUGCUUCUGCUGGUCCUACAGGAACUCCGCAUGGUCAAACUUCGAGUUCGCCCUCGACUUCUUUAUCUGGUCCUCAACAACAGCGCCAACCUUCAUUAGAACAACUUCUCCUAUCAGCUGUUUCGACUUCAACAGCAUCGGGUGGAGUUGGUAUUGCUGAAGAACAACAAAGAUUGGCAACUUCUUUAUUGGCGUCAGCAGUUCAGCAACAACAACAACAACUAUCUCGUGUUACUCAGCAACAACAGCAAUUUACUCCUUCUAUUCCUUAUGGUCAAUCUACACAACAACAACAACAACAAACUAUUGCUAUUCAACAACAACAAGAAUUACAAAAUGCUGUUGCAAAAUUGUUGGGUCAAAAUUUUCCCGGUUCUUCUACUCCAACAAGUCAAACAAUUCUACAAGCAUCAACACCUAAUCUACAAAAUUUUCAACAAAAUUUACAACCUAGUCCAUCUCCGAAUUAUGCAGCACUUUUACAACAACAACAACAAUUUGAGCAAUUACAAUCUCAAUUGGCUUCCGCCAUUGCUGCUCAACAGCAACAACAGCAACGCAUUCCCAAUGCUGCAUUAUCUGUUAAUAUUCAAACUGCGCUUGCUGCAGCUGCUUCUGUUGGAAAUAAUGAACUCCUCCAUUCUCCUUCAAAUCCACAAUCAGCAAAUCAAUUAACAGCAGCUCAACAACAACAACUUCAAAGUUUACCACCAGAGUUGCUCUAUCAGGCUGCUUUGUUGGCUGCAGCACAAUUAGGGUUAUUUUUGUAUUGA